GCUUUCAGGAUGGUCCGGAGAACCUCGCUGGCUCGUAUAGCGGCUACUGUUGCUACCCUGAGCCAGAAAACAGGCUUCGGACCCAACCGUCUAUAUCGCAAAGGAGUUCACUUUGUUGGCACUGAACCCGACGUUCUAAAAUAUCAUUUGCUUCAAGAUAAAAAACCACAUGAACCAUAUGGACUGCAAGGAAGCAAUCAUCUCCUACCUGGAAAAGGCAAAAUUCAUUCUAGGUUACCUGUGAAGGUACACAUGAAGAAAGACAAGGUCUAUGCAUGGUGCAGUUGUGGAUACAGCGGGAACCAGCCACUCUGUGAUGGUUCGCACAAUUCUAUCCAUGUCCCGGAUUUAAAGCUGAAGCCGGUACGAUUUAUACCUGACAAGGAUACCACGGUUUGGUUUUGCAACUGCAAGCAGACCAAGAAUAGGCCAUUCUGCGAUGGAUCUCACAAAGACAUCGUAGACAAAGACAAAACCGCUGGCUUGUUCGAUUGA